CGCUUCCGGAGUUGGCAGCGGGACUAGCAGAUGGGGAUGUGGUUGCGCUCUGGUGGUUGGUCACGGGAUCCGCGGACUGCGUUUUGUAGUACAGCUGCCGUGCCGAUCGGAAAGUGCUCCGUGGUGUCCCUUCUCAUCAUUCCUUACUGACCCAGGUGUCGCGUUAUGUGCGUAUUUUAUGUCCGUCUUCAGAAGAUGUCACCUUAUGCCUCCCCACUCAGAAGACUUCACCUGAGGGCACUUUGAAGACAGAGGAGGACAGAUGAAGGGGCCCUGAGCGUGCCGCUCCAGCGAUGCCAGGGCAACCAUGGGCAGUGUCACACUGCGUUAUUUCUGCUACGGCUGCCUCUUCACGUCGGCCACCUGGUCCGUCCUUCUCUUCGUCUACUUCAACCUCAGCCAUGACGGCCUGGCCCUUGGGAGCGCCCCUGCUCCGGGGGUCCGGCCCUGGGGCUCCCAGCACCGAUUCCAGCCCCGUAUCACGCAUUGGCCUGGGCAUGAGCCUCGCCCCAAUGACCGCCGCAAGGCUCCAGCGGGCAACCAGAGGACAGCUGAGCUCUCACCAGAGAUGGGCAUGAUCUUCAAUGAGCAGGACCAGGAAGUCCGGGACGAGGGCUACCACAAGCAUGCCUUCAACAUGCUGAUCAGCAAUCGCCUGGGCUACCACCGGGACCUCCCCGACACCCGCAACGGGAAGUGCAAAGAGGUGGUGUACCCCCCUGCGCUGCCUAGUGCCAGUGUGGUGAUCUGCUUCUUCAAUGAGGCGCUCUCGGCCUUACUGCGCACUGUGCACAGCGUGCUGGACCGCACCCCCGCAUACCUGCUGCACGAGAUCAUACUGGUGGAUGACGACAGCGAGCUGGCUGACCUGAAGGGGGAGCUGGAUGCCUACAUCGAGCAGAACCUGCAGGGGAAGGUCAAGCUGGUGCGUAACGAGAAGCGGGAGGGUCUGAUCAGGGGGCGGAUGGUCGGCGCCUCCCAUGCCACAGGGGAAGUGCUGGUCUUCCUGGACAGUCACUGUGAGGUGAACGAAAUGUGGCUGCAGCCGCUGCUGGCACCCAUCAAGGAGGACCGGCGCACGGUCGUGUGCCCUGUCAUCGACAUCAUUAGCGCCGACACGCUGGUUUACAGCCCCUCCCCCAUUGUGAGGGGGGGAUUCAACUGGGGCCUCCAUUUCAAGUGGGAUCCCGUACCUCCAUCAGACCUAAACAGCCCAGACGGGGCUGUCGCCCCCAUCAGGUCUCCAACAAUGGCGGGAGGUCUGUUUGCGAUGGACAGGAAUUAUUUCAACGAACUGGGCCAGUAUGACAGCGGCAUGGACAUCUGGGGUGGAGAGAACCUGGAGAUCUCCUUCAGGAUCUGGAUGUGUGGGGGUCAGCUGCUGAUCAUCCCCUGCUCACGUGUGGGACACAUUUUCCGCAAGAGGCGGCCCUAUGGCUCCCCUGGUGGUCAGGACACCAUGGCGCACAACUCGCUACGGCUGGCCCACGUGUGGAUGGAUGAGUACAAGGAACAGUACUUUGCCCUGCGCCCAGAGCUGAGGACCCGUAGCUAUGGCGACAUCAGUGAGCGGCUGUCCGUGAGGCAGCGGCUGCGGUGCCACUCCUUCAAGUGGUACCUGGACCACGUGUACCCUGAGAUGCAGGCGGCGGAGGCACGUGGCAAGGCCCAGCAGCCCGUCUUCCUCAACAAGGGCCUGAGGAGGCCCAAGGUCCUGCAGCGGGGACGGCUCCGAAACUUGCAGGCCAAUAAGUGUCUGGUGGCCCAGGGCCGACCCAGUCAGAAGGGGGGAAUUGUGGUCUUGAGGGACUGUCACCCCAGCGACCCUGAGCAGGAGUGGGCGUAUGAUGAGGAGCAGGAGCUGAUCCUGGCAGGCCUCCUGUGCCUGGACGUGUCUGAGGUGCGCUCCUCGGACCCGCCACGGCUCAUGAAGUGUCACGGCUCGGGGGGCUCGCAGCAGUGGACUCUGGGGAAGAGCAACCGCCUGUACCAGGUUUCUGUUGGCCAGUGUCUCGCCGCGGUCGACCCCCUCAGCCAUAAAGGCUACGUUGCCAUGGCGAUAUGCAACGGCUCAGAGUCCCAGCAGUGGCAACUGGAAGACUGAGCUAUGGCAGGAACAGGAACUGUGUGUGUGUGUGGGGGGGGUCGUAAUUGAUAGCCGCUCACUGGUGCAGCAUUUUGUGCAGGCCUGGGGACCUCUGUAGGGGGGGCUCCUUCCAACAAGUCCGUAGAUGUCAGCUGACCGUAAAGCUCUCGUGUGUGGCCUGUCUUAAUUUUGUAGUUUUAAUUUUUAAAAUCCUAUAAAGCCUGAAUUUUAUAAUUUAGCACAUAAAGAUUUUCAGGUUUUUCUCCCCGACUGAAAAGGUGUUAUCCUAAGGCAUGGCUUUAAAAACGCGAUAGAUCAUUCAUUUGAUGCCAAAUAAACUCCUCUUUUUUUAUGGGCAUUGGUUAAUUUUUUAUGAAGUGUCAAGUUUUAGAGGUUUUGGAAAUUAAUGCUUUUAAUGUGUCACCAUUAAUUAGAAUGACUCCGAUGUCCAUUAAUGGUAGAGAACUGUUACUCUGUGUAAUGAGUGUAUAGCUUGGUGAGGGUUUGUGGGAUUUCACAUGCUAAGAUUUUAACGAGACGUUUUGAGCGUGAAACAUUUUUUUUUGUAACAAAGUGACAUGCAGUAUUAGUCUCCAUAAGUGUGAAUGUAUCAGGUUUGUGCAGGUACAUUCAGAUCAUCUUGUAAACCCAGAAAAAUAAAGAUUUUAACUGAA